AUGCUGCUCGACAAGGGUGCUAAUGUUAACGCACAGGGCGGACCCUUCGCCUACGCGCUCCAGGCGGCUUCAGCUGGAGGCCACGAGGCAGUGGUGAAGAUGCUGCUCGACAAGGGCGCCGACAUCAACGUGCAGGGUGGACGAUGCCAUGGCAACGCGCUCCAGGCGGCUUCAGCUGUAGGCCACGAGGCGGUGUUAAAAGUGCUGCUUGACAAAGGCGCCGAUGUCAACGCGCAGGGUGGACACUACGGCAACGCGCUCCAGGCGGCUUCA